AUGCACACUCUAACAAGAUCAUCCUUAGAAACUGUAGGGCGUUGCAGAUCGAUUUCAAAGGAGUGGAAUCGAGUCACAUACGAAUCAAGCUUCCAUCAACUACUUUGCGAGAGAACUGACAUAGUUUCUGGAUUUUUCAUUCAAAGCCUAGUUGACUCCCAACACUCAUCCACGUUUGUGUCGCUGGUUAAUAAUGUCAACUUCACCUCGGCACUGUCAUUGGAUUUUCUAAACAUUCCUGUCCGAAUUGAAGCUGUGAAUCAAGGUCUACUCGUGUGUGUCAACCAGAACAAGAGGUAUUUGGUUUGUAAGCCUACUACGAAACAGUGGGUAAAGAUACCGAAUCCAAAAACCAAGUACGAGACUGCAAGCACUGCCCUGCUCGUGUUGAAGUCGAAGCCUUUGAAAUACAAGGUGAUUCGAUUCUCGGAACUCAAGGUAUUAGUCAAGCACAACUCUGAAUGGUGGCGCCAUCUUAGGUGCGAGAUUUUUGAUUCCGUCACAUGGGCAUGGAAGCGGUCAAAGGAUGUGAUUCUACCUUCUAAUGUUUUCUUUGCAAGUAAACAAAAUUCUGUUGUGGCAGCAAAUGGUGGUCUCCAUUGGCUUCUGUCAAGUAACCAAGUAUUUGCUUUCUAUGAAGAUGCAGAGAAUUGGGAAAUGUUCUCAUUGCCACCCUUGGCAAUCGAUAAUGCAGGUUACAACUCCAAGCUACUACUUGUGGAGUACAAAGGUCAGCUUGCGUUGAUUCGGAGUGGAGAAGAAUUCAUGGACAUGUGGGUGAUGGAAAAUUAUGCCAGAAAGUCAUGGAGCCAGAGGCGGCCAUGGAACAUCAACAAACUCAGGGGAGAAGAAACCUACUAUAUUUCUCCAUUAGCUUUCCAUAAUGGUGAUCGACACUGCACUUAUGGAAGGUUUUCACAAAGUUAUCUUCCAUAA